AUGAACCCCUUGGACCGCUGGAGGAACUCGCCGCCCGAGGAAGAGCCGGUAUCGCUGGACGCCAUCGCAGAAGCCAUCGGCACAUCACAGAGUCUCCCCGGCCUAAGUUCUUCUAUCGACUGGACCGAGCCGGCGAGCUGGAGCCAGGGCCAGACCGCACUCAGCACCGACUCCAUCAGCUCCCUCGGAUCCUCCGACCAAAGCAACUCCAGCAACUCCUCCGCACACUCAUAUGCCUCUGACUCGCUCUUCAAUAUCCGCACCCAAGAAGGCCGCCGCCGCAGACGGCGCAACAACCAAAAGUACCGCAACCCGCUCGCUGCACCCCCCGCCGACGGCGCCAAGCGCAUUUACCAGUGCACCUUCUGCACCGACACCUUCAAGUCGCGGUACGACUGGACACGGCACGAGGGCACGCUACACCUCGUCCUCGAGAAGUGGACAUGCCUCCCCUCUGGGCCGCGGUACUCCGACUCCGCCGAGGCCGUCGCGCGCUGCGUCCUCUGCGACGAGGCGGAUCCCUCGGAGCAGCAUCUGGAGAGGCACAAGUACCGCGAGUGCGCAGCCAAACCGCUCGCUGCGCGCUCGUUCUACCGCAAGGACCACCUCCGGCAGCACCUGCGCCUCGCGCACGGCGUGGACGACGUGUUGCCGUCGAUGGGCGGGUGGAGGGCCAAGAUCACUAGGGUGAAGUCCCGGUGCGGCUUUUGCGGCGAGACGUUCGCGCUGUGGGCGGACCGAAAUGAUCACCUCGUCGAGCACUACCGCGCCUGGGCGCUUAUUAAGGAUUGGAAAGGGUGUAGGGGCCUGGAGCCGGCUGUUGCGCUGCUAGUGCAGAAUGCCAUGCCGCCCUAUCUGAUCGGGGCGGAGGCGAACAACAUUGAGCCGUUCAGCGCGUCGAGGGUGGCUUCCAAGUCGCCCGCGGCGGAUGAAGAGAGGGAUGCUGUGCCAUCGCAGUUUGAGCCCCUGACGGCUAGGCUGGGCGACUACAUUAAGGCCGCGAUGGAGAAUAGCAGGCCGAUCACGGACGACUCGAUCCGGAGGGAAGCGCGGAUGAUCGUGUACGGGGAUGAUGACCCCUGGAACCAGACUCCUGCCGACAAUGGGGAGUGGCUGCGAUUAUUCAAGGCGGGCUACGGUCUGGCGAGCGAUGAGAAAUUGCCAGGCUCCAGCGGACUGGAUCCUCCUCAUGCAUGGCCGGUUGAUUUGCCAUUCGAUGCGUUUCCCGAUAUGAACACAACAAUCGUCACGCCAUUCACAUUGGAGAACAUGCAGAAUGCAGCAAUAUCGAGCUCUGCGUCUACCCCGCUGGACUUUUGCGGCGCUCCGGUCCAAGACGUCACAGGGGAUGGGGUGGCUGUUCCUUGGUCGUGGCAGACUCCAGAAUGCCUAGCUGAGUUCGGGCAGAUGGGAUGCAUGCCAUCGAUGGAGAUCCCUACAGCUACUGAAGUUUGCAACAUCAACGACCCAUUCUUUGGGGCUCCUGUAUGCCCAGAGCUGUUGGCUCUCGAGGACCAACUCAGGAAUACAGCAUAG